GCCAUAUACACCCAAGCGCUUUACAAGCUUGUAGUGAGCUCAUAUCUAAAACCAUCUACUCUCCUGUCACACAUUUCCCCACGAGAUAAACGUCUCAAAUACGAAGCUGAGGAAAAGGCCAAGAUAUCGGGGUUCCCCACAGCGAAAGAGCUGCGCCAGUCAAAAGAAACAGCAGAGGCACGUCUAAAACGAGAAGAAGAAGAGGCCGAGAAGGUCGGCUUGAAACGGAAAGCAAAAGAUCAGUUGCGCAAGUCCUCCAAGCGCAGCGCAGUAGAGGAGGAGGUUGUCGAUGACAGCGUGUAUUUCCGAGUGAACUACGAGAAAUUUAACAUUCACAUACGGAAUAAGUUAAUAGAGGCCGCCGCAAGAGAGCGCUUUAACGACAGUGCUGCACUAGUUGUGCGCGCUGCCCUCAAGUCAACAGAAAGCAAGCAAAAGUCCGUUCUGGAUCUACGAUCAGACGCGACCACAAUCGCCAAUGUUGCUGCGAACCUAUCGGACGAUGACGACCUGGCUUCCGGCCUAGCAUUGUCAUCUUCAAAAAAGCCUAAGACCAUGAAUCUGAUUAAAAACUACCUCGGCAUGCUUGCUUUCGCGGACAAUCCGACACUGGCGGGCAGAGCUGCCUGCUUUAUAUCAUCUGUGGGUUCCAAGUACUAUGUAGAAUUCGAAGUCAUCGAAAAGAGGUUGCGGAGGCGCGUGCUUGAGGCUGUCGCGAGAGAGCGCCAUGGCGAUGACGCUGUACGAGUUUUGCGGUUAUUAAUGGAUACAGGGAAGAUGGACGAGAAGCAGAUCUCCAAAAUUGCCAUGAUGGCUCCUAAGGACGUUCGGCCGCUGCUGGGGGCUUUAUCUGCCGAACACCUGGUCAGCAUUCAGGAGGUCCCAAAAAGCGCAGAUCGC